AUGAGUUCCAUAAAAGAACCCGUUACUCAAGCUGAAGAUGCAGGGAAUGAAAAAUAUGUGUAUCGAAAACGAUCCAAAACGUUUACUGGAUGCUUUACUUGUCGAUCUAGAAAAAUACGGUGUGAUUUACAGAAACCACAUUGCAUGAAAUGUAUUAAAGCAGGAUACAUAUGUUCAGGGUAUGAUAUCAAGUUGCGGUGGUCAUUACCAAUUGAAUUCAAACCAAAUAAAAGCGGAAACUCUGUCCAUUCUCAAGUGGUAUUUAAGGAUAAAGAUAGUAGUAAUGCGGAAGGUGGUGCUGAUUCUACUGAAUUCUUUCAAAGAAGAAACGUUGAAUUUGUUGUAUGGGAUGAAAAGAAGAAUUGUAAACCUUAUGAAACUUAUGAAGAAAUGGAUAAGGAUUUAGGGAUUUUGAAUAAUUCCGGAACUGAUAAUUUAGUUAGAACUGAAGGUAAAACAAAAUUAUUAGGACCGUUCGGAGUGUUUAGGGGUUCACAGACACCAAAGAGAGCAAUUGCUUCAACAUCAGUAAAUCAUGAAGCACCUAAGAAGAAACAAAAGGUUAUUGAGGCUGCUUCUCCUGAUAGAAGUAGUGUUAUCAAUAGCACAUACGACACACCAAGUUCACACUAUAGUAGUAAGAGAAGUUAUGCUACUACACCAACAAUUCCAUUAUCUGGUAGUAAUGAUAGUGCACCCCAUGAUCAAUUGUGGUUAUCGAAUGAAUUACGAGAUGCAGCUUUGUUAACAGCCGCUGCUUUGAAUGGUGAUACUCAAUAUCUUGAUUUCAUGAAUUUUCCAAAUAAUAACGAUAAAUCAUCAUCCCAUAUAAAUACCAACGCAUCAUCUUCACCUCAACAGAACUUCAAUUUAAACAAUAAUAGCUUUAAUACUAAUCAAAAUGACUUUUUAAAUUUAGUCUUCCAUAGAAAUCUCAGUAACUCAUUAGGCACAUCCAAUAGUAAUAAUCAUAAUAAUAAUAAUCAUGCUAGUUCUGCAGGUAAUGCAAGUAAUUUAAGUCAUGAUACUACUAAUAUGGCGAUGUCAAACUUGUUAAAUGAAACUGAAACCACUAUAGAUCCAGAUAAUCAACAUUUAUACUACUCAAACUAUAAUAAUUACUACUAUAAUAAUCCAUAUCAAUUAAAUGAAGGUCUUGAGAUUCAUUUACAUGCCUCAUCCAAAUUACAAAAUGAUGACGAAACUACAGACUUGGUAGAUGGAGAUCAAUCGAAUUCAGUACAAAUGCCAACUUCAAUAAUGUCGAUAGUCCAGAGUCAUACUCAACCUAUUGACAUCGACUUAUCCAUUCCUACAACUUCAUCAUCUUCACCAAAAGCAGGCUUACCCACUACAGCUUUACAAGUACAACCAUUGACACGUUAUUUGUUAAACUAUUAUAUCACCCAAGUGGCAGAUUUAAUGACAGUUAUCCCCUUGACUGAAAAUCCUUGGAAAACAAUUUAUUUCCCAAGAGCGGUGAUGGCAAUUGGAGAGCUUCUGGCUCUAGGACAAACAUCAACCGCUAAGAAUGCAUUACUUAAUGCAUUAUUGGCCGUUUCUGCAUUCAACUUACAAUCUAAAUUUCCUAAGAAUUCUGAUUCGAUGAAAUAUUAUUUGAAUUUAGGUAUUAGAUUAAGAAAUCAAGCCAGUUUGUUUGUUAAACAGUUGUUAAAUUCGAAAUCUGAUACUCAAGCUAGUAUUGAACAUUGUCUUUCCAAUGAGAAAUAUAAAGAUGUAUUAUGCGCAGUGAUGACUAUGAUUAGUGUGGAUUUAGUAUGGGGGACAAUGCAAGAUACUAGUUUUUAUAUUAAUUGGUGUGGGAAAGUUAUAGCUACCAAGAUGAUUAAUAAGAAGAAAUUAUCAUCUAAAGCACGUAUUUUACAUCGAAUUUUCCUGUCGUUGAAAUUAAUUCAAGAUUCAACUUGUUUAGAUGGAGAAAGUAUUAAAGAUGAUUUUGAAUCCACGGCUGGCCGAGGGUAUGAUGUUAAUGGGGAUAAAUUUGCUAAUAAAUCUGAAGAGAUGAAAAAGGGUAGAAUUGAUUUUAUUGUUAAUAGUACUAUCAAUAAUAUUGGUACUAAUGGAAGUGGAAGUGUUAAUUCCCCAAGUCCAGCUAAGAAUACUUCACCAUCUUUUGUUAAUAAAAAGUUGAUUAAUACAAAAAAGAAUGAUGAGAAUUUUGCAACCGAUGCGUUAUAUGGUUUACCCAACUCGUUGAUUAUACUCUUCAGUGAAACUGUUACAUUACUUCGUAAUAAGAUAUAUUAUAAGGAUGCUUCGACCUUACCUAAGAGUUUUGAUGCUGAUGUGACUGCAUUGAAUAAGAAAUUAUUGAAUUGGAAUCUUGAUUGGCAAUUAUACGAAGGUCAACAUACCUCUGAAGUGGUGAGAAGUUUGGAAGGUUCCAUCAAUGAAGAUGAAGAUUUACAAGAUGAUGGAUUACACAAUGUUGAUCUUGAAGCUGAAAGUGACGCUAGGAAGAAAUUCUAUUCACCAAUGCAUGAAGCUACUUAUCAUCAUAUUUUAUCAUUUUAUCAUGCUUUAAUGAUUUAUUUCUAUCGAUUAAUUCGAGGAGUAUCUACUCAUAAGUUACAAACCAAAGUAGCCAAGACCUUGAAUCAUCUUAAUUCGAUUCAAACAUUGAUUGCAAGAGAUGAAGCAGCUAUAAUUCCACUUUUCUGGCAAGGAUUUAUUGCCGGAUGUGAGGCUGUAUCACUUAAUUUACAAAUGGGAUUUAAAAAGUGGGGGGCUGAUAUUGCUCAAUACUUGGGAAGUUAUUGGGGAGCUCGUCAAAUUAUGUUAGAAGUCUGGCGUCGGAAGAGAAUGAACGAAGCUAGAGAUGAUUGGGUUAGUGUUAUUCAAGAUUGGGAAAUGAACCUUAUGUUGAAUUAG